UUAAAUCGAAUAAUUCGUAAGUCCAUGGAACGAGCUAAAGACAAGGAGCAGGAGGAGCCUCAGGCUCAGCAACACCGAAUGUCAGAUAUGAAGCCAGUGACUAAAGAAGCUUACGGAGGUGGUAUGUAUGGUAAGGAUGAUGAUGAGAAGAAGCCGGAGAAGCAGCUCCGACCUCGUGCAAGCGAGACCCAGUGCGCGGAUGGACCCGAAGAGGCAACAGUGGAACCCAAGCACCAACCUCCUCCAUCGACGGGUGACCGCGAUCUUGAUAUCACCGGCCAGUCUUACAUUCAGUAGCUCACUGAGCUGGCCCUUGUCAUUUGCAUUUUAUAUUAAGUAUUCAUUUGUAUCUCUGCUUUUCUACUGAUUUAUAGUACUAUUUUUUGCUUUUAUUA